UGCAUGUACAGUAAUUAAUUUUGCUGAGUGUAAUUCUCAGUCAUCUGGUGAAUUGUUUCAAUUUGGAAAUGAUUCGUUUCUGUAGUUGGCAGAGACGGCUAGCCCUGACAGGCGGUAUAAGAUGGAAGGCUACUAGCUCUAGAGUAGAGAAAGCCGAGUCUUCAGUACAGGACAAGGCCGUGAAGCCAUUCUCCGCCAUACCCAGCCCUCCUGGAUCAUUACCUUUCAUUGGACACAUAAGACUGUUGAAAGGCCUCACUUCUUUGAGUGAACUCACUUCGAAGCUAUUCAAAGACCAUGGAAGGAUAUUCAGAUUUGACUUUAUAGGCUAUUCUUCAGUAUUUAUAGCAGACCCAUCUGCAGUAGAGAAGACAUUUCGACAUGAAGGAAAGUACCCUAGCCGAUCUUUUACUGAAGCUAAUGUUGAUUAUAUUCUGAAGCAAAGGAACGAUCGGAAUUUUUUUGUCUUCCAGUCGGGUGAAGAAUGGCGUGAUACUCGUUCCAAGCUAGGAAAGCAGUUGAUGCCUGCCAAUGUUUAUGGGUAUUGUCCUGGUUUUAAUAAAGUCUCAAGAAGAUUUAUAAGAAAUGUUUAUGAUGUUCAGAACGAUGAUGGUUUUGUGGAAGAUGUGAGAGACUUGAUCAGAUACUGGUCACUAGAAGUUGCUGCUCAUUUUGCAUAUGGAGCUGAUAUUGAUAGCAUAAAGAAUAAAGGAGGCCUAGAGAAAGAGUUCCAAGAUGCAGUCGGAGGUCUUGUGGAUACUUUGUUUGAUUUGCAGACUGGCCCACCACUUUAUAAAGUCUUCCCAACAAAAGCCUACAGGGAAUUUAACAAAUAUUUGGACAAAUUGAUUGAGAUUGGACAAGUCUAUGCUGAUCAGUACACGUCUGAUAUAAAGGAAAGAGCUGCUGUGAGUGAGGAGAAAUUUCAUGGGAUGAGUCUACUAGAGCAAUGGCUGAUAGAAGGGAAAAUGAGCGCUAAAGAUGCCAUCUCUCAUUCUAUUAACAUGCUAGCUGCUGGAAUGGACACUACUGCACACACUACUGCUUUUGUUCUGUACACAUUAUCCAAGCAUCCUGAAGUACAGGAGAAAGCAUAUAAGCAGAUAACAUCAGUAUUAGGUGAUGAUGAAGAACCUGAUGGAGAUUCACUACAGAAAAUGCCUUACCUGGGACAUCACAUUAAAGAAACACAGAGAUUGUAUCAAGUGACUCCUUACACUGCAAGAUGGCUUGAAACUGAUGUUGAGUUGUUAAACUAUCAUAUCCCAGCAAAAACAACAAUAUUUGGUGGAUUGGAAACUAUGGGUCAAGACCCUACGCUCUUUAAGGAUCCAUUGAAGUUCAAUCCCGAUCGCUGGACCACUGAUGACAUACAUCCAUUCACAGUGUUACCUUUUGGAUUUGGACCUAGAGGCUGCUGGGGACGAAGAUUUGCUGAAAUUGAAAUGAAAGUUCUUUUGUGUCAACUCAUUCGUCACUUUAAAAUGGAAUGUGAUUUUCCUAGCGAUAGAUUGCCGUCUGGUGGUUUGAUGCUGAAAAGACCCACUGCCCCCAUCAGAAUUAAAUUUACCCCUCGCAAUUAAUAGCUACUGCAAGAUAUAACAAUUUUUAUUGUUUAUACAUGUAUGUAUGUCAUGUCAUGAAAAUAAUUCGUCUAUUAUUAUUAUUAUUA